GGUUAUUAUUGACAGACAAAUCGAGGAAAAAAACACGUACUCGGAAAAAAUGAAAUAAAAUUAUAACAAAACGAAAAUCAAACGAAAAAAAGGUAAGAAUUGAUUUGGACAGAAAAUUUGACUGAGUUUUUUUAAUUCCUCGGUAUUUUUGUUUUCUUAUGGAAAAUUAAGAAUGUACAUCCACACGAAGUCACGGUUAAUAUUCGACUGACUCAAAUUAUACAUGAAAACGCAUUUGUUAGAGUCAAAUGUGAGCCAGUCGGAGUAUCGUGCGCGAGCCGCAACAACAGUAACAUAUCAACAGCAUGCGGACAAGCCGAAACAAGCAUUCAUUCAAUGUUUGUACGCUAGCCGGAGAGUGAAUUGAUCGCAGCGAGUGGUAGACAGAGAAAGAGAAUGAGAGAGCCGAAGUGAAACAUAGUUAGCCUUGUAUAGUCGGGCGACGGAGCUGUGUGAUGUGUAUCAGUUUCUCUUUUGCCACCAUCGGCUCGGGUUUGGUUGUGUGUGCACGACGGGACGAGAUCGAUUUCGACUAUGUUUAUGCGUGUGUGUCAGUCUGUGUUCGGUGUAUGGAUGUUUACACAAAAAUAAAGGCUCGUUAAAUUCUCUUUUCAUCGUAUAUAGGAGAGUAGAUUCCUGUGCAAAAAUCGCUAUAUGAUAUUCAGAAAGAAAAUUGCAUGACGAACUGACGAUACACACAAACGUACGGUAUUAAUAAAAUGACAUAAAGACGAUAAUGUGCGUUGGCACGAGGCGCACGGUAACAGCUUGAGACAAACAACACUAUAGAUGCUCGGGCACUCAUCUAGAAUAUCCGUUAAUAUCCGAGAGAUAAUGGAUCCCAAAUGUGCUGCGCUGUUGUGUACGACACACAGAACCACAUAUCCACCCGCGCGCGGCUCCUCCUAACGGUGAGGAUGAUCCGCAACAACGCAAAAUUUUCGUGAAUCGUUUUAACGAACAUCUAUCUCAUUGACCAUAUAAACCAGUGGUAUGGAAAAUAGAUGGGCAACAAACCACACGCGUCAAUCUAUUCAAAUUACAUAUGGUUUACGAUUACAAUCUAUUUCUUUUUGUUUCACAUGUAUGUGAAACGUUAAGACGCAAUUUCGACGAUAUAUUGAAACUAGUACGAAUCCGAUUUGUUUUAAAUUCCGUUUCCUUUUUUUCAGCCAAUAUUCAUUUCCCACUUCCAAGUAGCAGUCCAAUGUGUGCGUCGUCGUCACUGCUGCCGUCAUCGCUGCUUUGUUCGUGAAACAAUGUGGUUUAAUUAUUAUUAUGAAUAUGAGCAAUGAACUUGAAAUUUUAACAGCAAACAUUUCAGCUGGGUCGAUCAUACGCAAAAUAGACGACGGUGUGUGUGCUGUGCUAUGCGCUCUGUGCAUAUUCAUAUGAAGUGUGAGGCAUUUUAUUUACAUUUGAAGCAAAGAAGAAGCAGAGAAAAGUACGCGACGCGUUGUGCAAUUUUUUCCACAUUGAAUGAUCAUUUGAUCGUAUGACAAUCGCUCGUAAAGACUCAUUAUUAUGUGAUUUGCAAAUGCAAAUUGCGAACACAAUGCUCACGAUCGUGUUUCAUAGCACGUGCAAAGCAAAAAAAAUCUAUCGAAGCGGUUGCGAGAUAACAAUGUCGAUAUAAAAGCAUUUGUUCUCACACAAUUCAGAUAUUUAUCGACAUUGCCGCCGUUGUCGUCGCUGAUAGCGCGCAGUGGCCGUUAAUAACAUACAAAUCGACCGAUAACAUUCUUCAUUCGCUCAUCGUCGUCUACAUUGUCGUCAGUGUGUGCUCUUGUUUCCACUGUUUAUGCACUUUCAUCGGAUAAUAUAAUUACAUACGCAGAGCGUACUCGAUUUGGCAUUAAAAUGAGUGUGUCGCAGAGUCGCGUCAUAAAUAAUAAACAAUAAUGAAUUGUCAAAGUCACGAAUCAUCGGCGCGCAAACAUAGAGUGUGUGUCUGAGUGAAAGAUAGAAAAAAAAGUGUAGCAGCAAAAGCAGCACCAACGACAACAGAAGCUCACAGCCUACAGUUCAUUUAUCUGACCACAAAGAGGAAGAUCGAGAGGGAGAGAGAGAAAAAAAAUGCAUGUCGCAGGAAAUUUUCGCACCAAAUUUGUUCAUUGUACAAUUUUCAAAUUGUUUCUAUGUGCACUUAAUUUGCUUUUCAGGCUGUAAAAAAUGUUUAUCAGACGCGACAAUUAUUGUGCAGUAUGAUAACAACCUACCUGCCGCACGUACUAACUAAUUGCUAAUAUUCAUAAGAUUUUUCAUUCUGCAUCUACAAAUUAAAUGUUUAAUGGCAAUUUGGAGUCAGAAUGUGUGUUGAGAGUAUUUACGUUCAGAUUUCAUAGAAUAACAUUUCGUUACGAUUUUGAGCUUGCAAUCAGUUUCGCCAGAUGGCGUCAGUAGUGUGUAACGAAAACCCAUGUGAUUGUGCAUUUUGACAGACACACGACAAUUCGCAUGAAGUCAGAACGUAGAAUUUCACUUUCACAUUCCCCUGCCGGUGCGUGUGUGUUUUCUUGUCAGAAAGCAACUAAAAAAGGUCCAGCGCAAUAAAAACAUAAUUGGUUGACUGAGAUGAGUACGGGCAGUACGGGGUCGUUGCUACCAAAAUGGCAAAUGGCUAUUUUGUUGGGCGCACCAAUUGCACUUGGACUGGGCUACUUGUAUUUUCGAAAUCAAACAACGUCCAAUUUGACCGAAGAGUCAGCCGACAGCACGGACGGUAGCAGCACAAACAAGAAGAAAAUCAGCAACUCGAAAGAGAAAUCAAUAUCGCUGGACGGUGAUGAUAAAUUGCCGAAAGAAAUGGUUGAACCAAAACCACAAACCGAAUUGGAAAAGGCAAUAGCGUAUAAGAAUGAUGGCAAUUCAAGGUUUAAAAGCGGCAAAUUCAGUGAGGCCAUUGAAUUUUACAAUAAAGCCAUCGAAACGUGCCCAAAAUCCCAACCACUUGACCUAUCGACAUUUUACCAAAAUCGCGCUGCUGCUUAUGAACAACUGAAGAAAUGGUCAGCGGUGAAGGAGGACUGUACGAACGCUUUGGAAUUGAAUUCAAGAUACAUUAAGGCAUUGUUCCGUCGCGCCAAAGCCAGCGAAAAUACAAACGAUUUAUGCGCCAGCUUGGAAGACAUCACUGCCACUUGCAUUUUGGAAGGAUUUCAAAAUCAAAGUUCGCUCAUUUUUGCCGAUCGCGUUUUAAAAGAGUUGGGUCGUCGUGAUGCCAAAGAAGCGUUCAAAAAUCGACAAGUCGUGUACCCAUCGGCGAAUUUCAUCAAAACAUACUUUGCAUCGUAUUCAAAUGACCCGCUAAUGACAAACGACGCCGAUGAAAAUGCAAACAGUGGCUUGAGUCGAGCAAAGAUGGCCUUGAAAGACGGUAAAUACGAAGACAUCAUACCAGCAUGCACCGAAGAAAUUGACUCGAACGAGUCAGACGAAAAGCGUAAAAUCGAAGCACGACUACUUCGCGGCACAAUUUAUCUGCUGCUUGGUUCACUUGGUGAAGCAUCCAAAGAUUUGGACUAUGUCAUCGACAGCUCGGACGCUGACACUUCGGUGAAGGCGAACGCUUUGAUCAAACGUGCCUCAUUGAAUGUGCAAAAUGAACAGCAUCAAAAAGGAUUCGAAGAUUUUGCAGCCGCUGAAAAAUUGGACCCAUCAAAUGCUGAUGUGUACCAUCAACGCGGUCAAGUGUAUGUAUUACUCGAGAAACUUGAUGAAGCCUUAGCCGAUUUUAAUAUGGCCAUUGAAUUGACGCCACACAUGUGCUCGGCAUUGGUUCAAAAAUGCUAUGCCGAAUACCGUCAUGCUUGUCUAGUUCAGAAUCAAGUUCAAAUUUACAAUGCCAUUCAAGCCACACACCGAGCAGCCGAUAAGUUUCCCAAUAACAUCGAAUGCUACAAUAUUUUGGCACAAAUCCUAUCCGAACAACAGCAAUUCGACAAAGCCGACGAACUCUUCGAAAAGGCAAUCACCAUUCAACCAACCCAGGCAUCACUAUACGUGCAUCGAGGAUUAUUGCAUUUACAAUGGAACGGAGACAUCAAAAAAUCAUUGGAUUUACUGCAAAAGGCCAUCGAUAUCGACGAGAAAUGCGAACUGGCCUAUGAAACACUCGGUACGAUUCAAGUGCAACGUGGUCUGCUAGAGGAUGCCAUUGAAUUAUUCGAAAAAGCAUUGAAGUUGUGUCGCUCCGAAAUGGAAAUGGUUCACAUUUAUUCGUUGAGGAAUGCAGCUAUCGCACAAUUGAAUGUCGCUAAACAACUUGGACUUGAUUUAUCAAGUUUGUCAGCUUUAAGUGCCACCGGAGCCGCUUUCGCUUGAGCAAUACACAUGAACAAAUAAAGUGAAGCGAAAUCAAUUAGAUUUUUUUUUCAGUAUAUUCGAAUUUCGAAACAAAAAAAACAGUUACAGCGAGAAGGAAAGAGAGAAGAGGUCAUUUCGCGUUUCAAGCAUCAUGUUGUUGUGUUUUAGUUUUUAGUCUUGUCCGAUCUUUUGAAAAGAUGAUAAAGAAUUUAAGCAUAUACAAAUAAAACAGCAAAAAGAAGAGCAAAAAAAA